AUGGCGUCAUCGGACGGGCUGGAUGAGGACUGCGUGUUGCAGCGGGGAAGAUCUCAGAGUGACCCGAGCAGCAUCACCGAGGUCCGCCUGGGCGAAGCGCUCAGAGCAGAUGUGAUGGACCAGCAGAGGGCGCUGCAUUCGGGUUGCCUGGUCUCAGGGGUUCGUACGCCUCCCGUCCGGCGCAACAGCAAGCUGGCCAGCCUGGGACGCAUCUUCAAGCCUUGGAAAUGGAGGAAAAAGAAAAACGAGAAGCUGAAGCCCUCGGCGACGGUGGAGAAGAAGACAGCUGUACGACAGAAGAGAGAUGACCUCGUCAGGAGGAACCCUGGGGAGACGGAAACAGAGUCAGAUCUUGCUUGUGGGGGUAACAGUGAAGACCCCGACACCCCAACACAAUCAGACGGUGAGGACAGAGACGAGGAGCCAAUGGCACCUCUGGCCAGCACCACUGAAGACCUGGGCAGCGAUUUAGACGCCUCAACAGUACAAGAUGUGACUGAAGACUCAAAGGCAGUGGGAGACUCCAAUCAGAGUGAGGACGGAGAAGACGACCGCACCUCACUGAGCGACCCCAGUGACGAGCAGUCCAUGGGGAAGGCGGAGGCCGUCGAAGGGAAACAAGAAGUGGCGGUGGCCCAACCUCAGAGACGGGCUAGCACCCCUCCUCCACCCAACCUGCCUGUCAAACUGCUCACCAGACUGGGCAGCCUUGAUGGUGCUCCUCCUGUUCCAGUGAAAAAGUCCCCAGCCACCUUACCCAGGAACUUCACACUUCCCAAAGACCCUCACGGCUCCCUGUUGAGAGGCAGGAUCUCCACACCCACUGGGUCCCCCCACCUCGGGUCACUACACCCACAGCUGCCCCCUAGCUGCAUCAUUGAGGAACUGCACCGUGCCCUGGCCACCAAACACAGGCAGGACAGUUUCCAGGCGAAGGAGGCUCGCUCGUCUCCCAAACGCCGCCUGGAUGGCCGCCUGUCACGCACGUCCAGCACAGAGAGGGAACCCGCCAGCGAGCCCGAGAGCAAGAAGGAGUCGGACGAGAACAAGGAGAACUGGCGCCUGGACGAAUACUUGAACGACCAGGACAGCUGGAACGAGUCCGUGAUCUCUGGGACCCUCCCACGUCGGAUGAGGAAGGAGCUGCUGGCUGUGAAGCUUCGUAACCGCCCCAGCAAGCAGGAGCUGGAGGACCGCAACAUCUUCCCCGUCCGCAGCGACCAGGAGCGGCAGGAGAUUCGCCAGCAGAUAGAGAUGAAGCUGGCCAAGAGACUGAGCCAGAGGCCAGCAGUAGAGGAGCUGGAGAGCAGGAACAUCCUGAAGCAAAGAAAUGACCAGACUGAACAGGAGGAGAGGAGGGAGAUCAAACAGAGGCUCAACAGAAAGCUGAACCAGCGGCCGACUGUGGACGAGCUGCGGGACAGAAAGAUCCUCAUCCGUUUUAGUGACUAUGUGGAAGUGGCCAAAGCUCAGGACUACGACAGGAGAGCAGACAAGCCCUGGACCAGACUGUCAGCUGCUGACAAGGCGGCGAUACGGAAGGAGCUGAACGAGUUUAAAAGUAACGAGAUGGAAGUUCAUUCUUCGAGCAAGCAUCUGACAAGGUUCCACCGGCCUUAGCAAGGUUUCUUCUGUGAA